UUAUUUUAUAAUUUGUUUGUUUUAAAUCUAUACACAAAUUAAUAUAUUACAAGACUAAACAAUAUACAUAAAUAAUUAAUACAUAAAGGUUGAUCCUAUCAAAAAUUAAAAUCAAAAACCAACUCAAAUAAUUAAGGAAAUGAGUACGGACAUAAAUGGCCACAAUAAUCCAGCAUAUGUUACUGGUGAUGAUGAAAAAAAUACAACAGAUAAAUCAAAACAUGGCCUAGAAUUAACAGAAAAAGGUCAAUGUUAUACAGAUGAUUAUGAUCCAUAUAAACAUCGAAAAGUUGAACAUCCGACAACAAAUUCUGAAACGUUAUUUCAUCUUUUAAAAGGUUCUCUUGGAACUGGUAUAUUGGCAAUGCCAAAUGCUUUUCGAAAUGCUGGUUAUAUUACUGGUUCUAUAGGAACUGUUGUUAUUGGAAUUAUUUGUACAUAUUGUAUACAUUUACUUAUAAAAGCUGAAUAUGAAUUAUGCAAAAGAAAGAAGAUUCCAAGUAUGUCAUAUCCAGAGGUAGCCGAAACAGCAUUAUCUGAUGGACCAUCUUGGCUUAGAUGGUUAUCACCAUAUAUUGCAAAUAUCGUCAAUACAUUCUUAUUAAUAUAUCAGUUGGGAACAUGUUGUGUCUAUGUUGUAUUUGUUGCGUCAAAUAUAAAAUCUAUAGCUGAUUUUUACGUUGAUGAUUCAAUAGAUGUUAGAAUGUAUAUGUUAAUUAUUCUUAUACCAUUAAUUUUAAUUAAUUGGGUACGUAAUCUUAAAUAUUUGGCACCAUUUUCAACGAUAGCAAAUGCUGUAACUUUAGUAUCAUUUGGUAUUAUUUGUUAUUAUAUAUUCCGUGAACCAAUAAGUACUGAAGGUAAAGAUCCAUUUGGUACAUUAAAAGGAUUUCCAUUAUUCUUUGGAACAGUUUUAUUUGCUUUAGAAGCUAUAGGAGUUAUUUUACCACUUGAAAAUGAAAUGAAGACACCGAAAAAUUUUGGUGGAAGUUGUGGAGUUUUAAAUAGUGCAAUGGUUUUGAUAGUUAUUUUAUAUGUUGGAAUGGGUUUAUUCGGUUAUUUAAAUUAUGGUGAUAAAGUUGAAGGAUCAAUUACAUUGAAUUUGCCAUCAGAUGAAGGACUAUCUCAAGCUGUGAAAGGAAUGCUAGCUUUCGCUAUCUAUAUUACACAUGGUUUAGCUUGUUAUGUUGCUAUUGAUAUUACGUGGAACCAUUAUGUUAACAAAGGACUUCGUAUUACAUCAAAAACUGUAUUUUGGGAAUACGUUUGUAGAACUGGAUUAGUUUUAGUAACAUUUUUACUUGCCGUUGCAAUUCCAAAUUUGGAACUUUUCAUAUCAUUAUUUGGUGCAUUAUGUUUAUCAGCACUUGGUUUAGCAUUACCAGCUUUUAUUGAAAUUUGUACAUAUUGGUAUCAAAGAAAAGGAUUAGCAAGAGUGUGGCUUAUUGGUAGUAAUGUUAUAAUUGUUAUUGUUGGUAUUUUAGGAUUAGUUAUCGGAACAUAUACAUCAAUGGCGGAAAUCGUUCAUACUUUCUUCUAGUCUUCAUAUUAAAUUAUAAAAAUAAAUGAAUAUUAUUAUUGUGUACAUGUUAAUUAGACUUAAAUUAUUAUUAGAUAUUAUAUAUGUAUAUGUAGUAUAACUUACUAUAUAUAUAUAAUUUAUAUUAAGAUAUAAAAAUAUUGUAUUUAAAUAUAAAUAAACAAAUUAUAUGUAUUUAUAAUUACAAAAUCAUUCCUAUAAAGUUAUGAACAGUAUCUAAAUUAGUAUGUGAUAAUGUUAUAAUAACUUUAUUCAUUAAGUUUCUUAUUUAUAAGAA